GUGAGCUCCCGCGACUGGACUGGCGCGGCCCCGGCGACGCGGGAGGCGGAGGCGGAGGCGGUGCGCCAGUGUGAUUAAAUGCAUUUAUGGAAAAAGGAAAAUUGAAUAGUAAGAUGAUAGCAGAAUAUUGUAAUAUGGCAAUGGAUUCCUCAGUGGAAAACAACAUUUAUGUAAACAAAGUGUGGGUUCAGUGUGAGAAUGAAAGUUGUUUGAAAUGGAGAUUGUUGUCAAGUGAGGAUGCAGCCAAAGUUGAUCACAAUGAAUCAUGGUACUGCUUCAUGAACACUGACUUAAGGUACAAUAAGUGCUCUGUUUCUGAAGAAGACUUUCCUGAAGAGUCUCAGCUUCAUCAAAGUGGAUUUAAGAUCGUCUAUUCACAGCUCCCUCUUGGAAGCCUGGUUUUGGUAAAAUUACAGAAUUGGCCAAGUUGGCCAGGGAUACUUUGCCCUGAUCCUUUUAAAGGGAAAUAUGUGACCUAUGACCUCGAUGGAGAUGUUGAACAGUAUCACGUAGAAUUCCUGGGUGAUCCCCAUUCAAGAUCAUGGAUAGAUGCAGCGUUUGUUGGACAUUAUAGUAUCACAUUAAAGCCAGGAAAAUGUACAAAUAAAAAGAAGUGGUAUAAAAGUGCACUACAAGAAGCAUACCUCCUCUAUGGAUACUCUCACGAGCAAAGACUGGAAAGGUGCUGCCUAUCGAAACAGGACAAAUCCAAAGCAGAUGGCAAAGUUGCUGUGGUGGCCAAGAAAGGGAUGCAAGUUUCCAAAAAUAAUACUCAAAAGAAAAAGCCUAAAUUUAGGAAAAGGAAAGCUAUUUUAAAAUCAUCUUUUGAAAAUGUUUGUUCAGAUGAUGCCUUAUCAAAGGAAAACAUGGUUGUCUCUGAGACAGAACUUUUACUAAAAGAGCUGGAGCAAAUGCUAGAGCAAGCGCGGGAGCCCACAGCCGCCCCUGAUGAGUCCAAAGGGGAGCGCAGAGAGGAGACAGAUACAGGAGAAAAGUUAUCGAAAUGUGGCCCUGAAGCUCCUGUUGGCAGCUCGCUUGAGAACCACUGUGACGAGGACUAUCUUGUAAUUGAUGGGCUAAGAUUAAAAGCUGGAGAAUGUAUUGAAAAUAUAACUAACAAGUUUAAAGAAAUAGAUGCGUUGAUGUCUGCAUUUUAGGGCAUUACAGAUAUUUUCAAAAGUUAAUUAUAAAAACAUUUACAUCUUUACAUUUU